CAAUUUCUACGAGGAGUGCAUUCAUUUGUUUAAGCGCAUCUCAUAUAGAAAAUUAUAUUCAUAAGUAUUUUUACAGAAAAAAGUGUUUCCCAUAAUGGGUCGGGAAAAUCGUUUUCCAGGAUCUACCAUCCUAGGUCUACUUUUGGUAACGUCGAAUAUUUUGCAAUUGACAAUGUGUCGCCGAAUGGCAGCGAUAACGAAAUACAACGAGACGGGCGGAUUGUUUGAAAAUCUCGAUACGACUGAUUUUGUAUGCAGCUCUCCCGAGUGUUACAUUUUGGGUGACACCCUUGAUAUGAACAUGGACCAGUCUGAAAAUAAGUGUAAUAAUUAUUACAAGUAUGCUGUUGGAAAUUUGGGUCAGUACAAUCCUUAUGCACCUCUGGAAAAUACCGAAGAAUAUUUAGCCCACAGAAAAGAGUCGAUUAUCCAAGAGUUGGAAGUUUACGACCGGGAUGACGAGAUCAGCUCCACAAAUCCAGAUCUAAGAACAGCAAGGGAAUUAAGAAAAAUCUGCCUGGACGUUGCCUAUAUUCAACAACAAGGAGUGGACUCCGUAUUGACGAUUCUCAAUAAUCUUAAUAAAUGGCCCGUCAUCGAACAGAAGUGGGAGAAGAAAAUUUCCUGGCAGGAUCUAGAGAAAGUUUACAUCCGUCUUACCGGAAAUGGAACCUUUCACAGGAUUAUGGUAGAAGCCGAUCCAACAUAUACUCUUGACCCUAAAAGACAUUACAUGACGAUACAUACACCGGAGUUUGACUUGACGAGAGCAGUUUUGGCGAACCCGGAUAGCAACAGGAAUACGAUCCAAAAAUACAAAACUUACAUAGAAGAGAUCAUUUCCGUAUUCGCGAGGGCGGCUGGAACGAAUGUUCCUCAAGACAAAAUCAGAGCGGAUGUUAAAGAGAUGGUUGACUUGGAAAUUAAUCUCGCGAAGAUUAUUAAUCCUAAACAAGAUCGACCAGAUUGGUAUAAAACUUUUUACCGCUAUAGCAUUGACUUUUUAAUUCAAGGAUGGUAUGAUGAGGGGAAACCACAAGGGCCAUACAGCGCGGUCAACUGGGCGAGUGUUAUCCAAAGUUACUUUAAAGAUGGAAGUGCAAAGGUUAACGGCUCAACGAUCUCUCAUAUAUAUGACAAAAUGUAUUUGACAAACCUCGCGACAGUUAUGCACAAAACAUCGGAACGAACGCUCAUAAAUUACAUUCAUUGGCGUUUCGUAAGAAAUAUAUUACCCUAUUUGGACCAGCAAAUGAUCGACUACAAUGUUAAACUAAAUGCCCUGAUGCCAGGGAAAAAGAACCCACCAGAGGAUCGGGCUAAGUUUUGUGAAGAACACAGCCGGGUACUGGAAGCUGCGAUGAACAAUUGGAUAUAUGAAAACGUACCGGAUAAUGUUCAAAAUGAGGUCAAAAGAAUUGCCGAAUCGGUUAAGUCUGAAUUAGGGGAAAUGGUUUCCAGGGCUGCAUGGCUGGAUUCUGAAACGAAGACGAGAUUGAAGAAAGCUCUUCAAGAUAUGUCUGUUGAACUCAUUCGUCCACACGCGAUUGCAACUGGAGAUGGAACUAUAUACAGAGGGAUGACAUUCACGGACCUGUUCCUGGAAAAUGCAAUUUUAGUAAACAAAUUGAGAAUCGACAAACAGUUCGAGUUGCAUGGAAAGCCGUUCUUUUCUACUAUGUAAGUUGGCACCCUUUUAC